AUGCCGGCGGCGGCGUCCGCCGAGGGGGAGGAGGGCGGCGGCGGGGACGCCGCGGUGCCGCUGAGCCCGGCGGAGCAGGCUGGGCCGGGCGCCCCCAAGCUGUGCGGUUACCUGCAGAAGCUGUCGGGCAAGGGCCCGCUGCGGAAUUUCCGCAGCCGCUGGUUCGUCUUCGACCCCCGCCGCUGCUACCUCUACUACUUCAAGGGCCCGCAGGAGGCGCUGCCGCUCGGCCACCUGGAUAUCGCCGCCUCCUGCUUCAGCUACCACCAGCCCGAGGCCGCCGCCGCUAGCGGGGACGAGGCCGCCGCCUUUGAGGUGCACAGUCCCGGCGGCACCGUCACCGUGCUCAAGGCUGCUACCCGUCAGGACAUGACAUACUGGCUUCAAGAACUUCAACAGAAGAGAUGGGAAUAUUGUAACAACCUUGAUGUAGCAAAGAGGGACAGCAGAACUUCACCUACACCCAGUGACUUUUCCAAAGGUCUUGUUGCCAAAGACAAUAUAGAUUUGAAUAUCCUGAAUCCAAAUGUCUCAGCAGAGAAAGCUAGAAAUGUCCUAGCUGUGGAGACUGCUCCCACGGAACUGGUAGGAGAACAAGCAGCUUGCCAGCCAGCACCAGUCCAACAAAGUGCCAUCAAUUUCUCCCUAAAACAAUGGGGUACUGAGAUCAAAAAUUCAAUGUCUUCCUUAAGAUCUGGAAAAGGAAACAGUGAAAAUCGUAAGAGUGUGUUUUAUACCAGCGAAGAGUGGGAGAUGUUAGAUCCAACCCAAAAGGACUUAGAGGAGUCAAUGGCACUGGAAGAAAGGCGGAAACAUGCAUCAGAAGGAAACAAAGGAGUGACUAGUUCAGCCUUUCCAUUUGAUUUUGGCCGCAUUCCAUACAAAGCAAGACGUCCAUUGAAAGAAAUGAUUGGAUCAAGCAAAAAUCGGAAUAGCAGUGACACAUCUCCAGUUGAAUGGAAUUCUGGGAAUGGCAACAAACUAGCUUCUGAAAUGCAACUGAAGUUUCAAAGCCAGCAAGAAGAGUUGGAAAGGCUAAAGAAAGAUUUGUCGAGCCAAAAGGAACUUGUGCGACUCUUGCAGCAGACAGUCCGGUCUUCCCAGUACGAUAAAUACUUUGCAAGCCAUCUUUGUGACAGGGUUCCAAAAGACAAAUUAGAGCUGCUACACCAAAAAGAUGAUCAGAUUUUGGGUCUCAACAACCAGCUUGAAAAGCUAAAUCUGGAAAAAGAUAGUCUUCAGCAGGAAGUAAAGAAUCUGAAAUGCAAAGUUGGAGAACUCAAUGAGCAGCUGGGUAUGUUAAUGGAAACAAUUCAAGCCAAAGAUGAAGUGAUCAUGAAACUCUCUCAUCAGCUCAGUGAAUGUGAGGACAAUCCAUCCUCCCAAAGUGGAACAGCAAAUUCUUCCAUGUCAUCCUCUUUUAACAAGGAACUACAGGAGCUGGACAGACUAAAAGACAAUCUUCAGGGUUACAAAACCCAGAAUAAAUUUUUAAAUAAGGAGAUUUUGGAACUUUCUGCUCUACGAAGAAAUGCAGAAACAAGGGAGAGAGACUUGAAUGCAAAGUGUGCUAGCCUGGAAGCCAAACUUUGUCAGAUAGAAAGUAAAUACUUGAUCUUGCUUCAAGAAAUGAAGAAUCCUGUUUGCUCUGAGGAACAGAGCCCUGCUCGUGAUGUCAUUACUCGAUUGCUUGAAGAUGCUUUGAAAGUGGACAGCAGUGAGCAUCCAGAACAAGCUUUCUUUAAACCUUUCCUUGUCAGUGAACAUGAUAUUUAUGGGUUUCAGACAGUCCCAGAAGACGAUGAGGAAGAGAAAUUAGUAGCAAAGGUGCGAGCCUUAGAUCUGAAAUCCAUUUCUCUCACUGAAAACCAGGAGAUUUCCACAGGGGUAAAAUGGGAAAACUAUUUUGCAAGCACAAUGAACAGGGAGAUGAUAUGCUGUCCAGAACUGAAGACCCUUAUCCGCUCUGGAAUCCCGCAUGAACAUCGUUCCAAGAUGUGGAAGUGGUGCAUCAACCUCCACAUUAAAAAAUGCAAGGACAGCACUGAUCCUGGAUAUUUCCAAACCCUGCUUCAGAAUGCCCUUGAAAAACAGAAUCCUGCAUCCAAACAAAUAGAGCUGGAUCUCUUGCGAACUUUGCCAAACAACAAGCAUUACUCUUCCCCCACUUCUGAAGGGAUCCAGAAGCUAAGAAAUGUCCUUCUGGCAUUUUCAUGGAGAAAUCCUGAUAUAGGAUAUUGCCAAGGUCUCAAUAGAUUGGUAGCAAUUGCACUUCUCUACUUGGAACAGGAAGAUGCUUUUUGGUGUCUGGUUACAAUAGUGGAAGUUUUCAUGCCUCGUGAUUAUUAUACUAAAACUCUGCUAGGCUCUCAGGUUGACCAGCGAGUGUUCAAGGAUCUAAUGAGUGAGAAACUGCCACGAUUGCAUGCUCACUUUGAACAAUAUAAACUUGACUACUCACUCAUAACUUUCAACUGGUUUCUGGUGGUAUUUGUGGACAGCGUGGUCAGUGACAUCCUCUUUAAAAUAUGGGACUCUUUCCUAUAUGAGGGAUCAAAGGUCAUUUUCCGUUUUGCCCUGGCUCUUUUUAAAUACAAAGAAGAGGAGAUCUUAAAACUGCAAGAUUCAAUGUCCAUAUUCAAGUACCUCCGAUAUUUCACUCGCACCAUUCUUGAUGCUAGGAAACUGAUCAACAUUGCUUUUGGAGAUCUGAAUCCUUUCCCGCUGCGUCAGAUCAGGAACCGGAGGACCUACCACCUGGAGAAAGUGCGCUUGGAGCUAACUGAACUUGAAGCCAUUCGUGAGGACUUCCUGCGUGAACGGGAGACCAGCCUAGACAAAAGGGACCUUAUCAGUGAUGACGAAGAAGAUAGUUGA